ACUUAAGUGACUUAGCAUUCCUGCGUGCAUUGUUUAGUUUACUUUAAAGUACUUUUGGCAAGAUAGACGAAUAAAUAGAUGAAGGGAGAGGAAGAAGUAGUAUGAAGGGGGAGAAUCGGCUGUGGGUCAGGCACCGAGCCUGCUGCACUUAGAAUGAAAUGCCAGCUCCUUAUGGAGGCCUCCAGAGGUUGGAGGGGACGGGCCCUUGCUCGUGUAUCGGUCCUCCCCUCUCAGCACUCCUCCUAACCACCUCCCUAGCAGUUCCUUCCACCUGCCCUAUAGACUGGUCCCCUCUCUUCUCCGGAUGACUCCUUCUGAGGUUUCAGCCUAAAUGUCACCGCAGAGAGACCUUUCCCCACAUCGGACGUAGGUUCCACUUCUCCGCCCCUGCUUUUGGUUGCCGGGCUGCACUCUACCACCCGCGGUGACGGUGUUUAUGUGUUCUGUCUGACUAGCGCUGAAACGUAAGGCCACCACCGGGUCCCCAGAGCCUACACUGAUCGCGCACCUGUUCGCGCCCUGCGCCCAGCUGCAAGGGUCUCUGUUUCGGGAAGUUGCUGCUGUUUACCGCUGGGAUUGCCCACCAGGUCCUGGACUUAGCCGCGUGGCUUCUCACAGCCAGAGUCAGCUGCAACCCAGGACCUCACACCUGACCCCGGAACCCGCCGGCGCCAGGCAGCGGGAACCAGGUUCUUCCGCCACCUCCCAGCCAGGGCCUGGCCGCCCCUCCCACAGAAUGCCUGAGGGCCCUGAGCUGCAUCUGGCCAGCCACUUUGUGAACGAGGCUUGCAGGGAGCUGGUGUUUGGUGGGUGUGUGGAGAAGUCACCCGUCAGCCGCAACCCUGAGGUGCCCUUUGAGAGCAGUGCCUACAGCAUCUCGGCGUUGGCCCGCGGCAAGGAGCUGCGCCUGACCCUGAGCCCUCUGCCUGGGGCCCAGCCCCCACGGGAGCCACUGGCCCUUGUCUUCCGCUUUGGCAUGACUGGCUCCUUCCAGCUGGUGCCCAGCGAUGCGCUGCCACCCCACGCCCACCUGCGCUUUUACACAGCUCCACCUGGCCCCCGACUUGCCCUCUGCUUUGUGGACAUCCGCCGAUUCGGCCGCUGGGACCUCGGGGGCGAGUGGCAGCCAGGCCGCGGGCCGUGUGUCUUGCUGGAGUACGAGCAGUUCAGGGAGAAUGUGUUACGAAACCUAGCAGACAAGGCCUUUGACCGGCCCAUCUGUGAGGCCCUGCUGGACCAGAGGUUCUUUAACGGCAUUGGCAACUAUCUGCGGGCGGAGAUCCUGUACCGGCUGAGGAUCCCCCCCUUCGAGAAGGCCCGCACAGUUCUGGAGGCCCUGCAGCAGCGCAGGCCGGUGAGGGUGCCAGGAGGGAUGCACCUGCACCUCUCAGAGCCCGGAGCUGACCCUGAGCCAGAAGAUCAGGGCCAAGCUGCAGAACCCCGACCUGCUGGAGCUGUGCCAUUCAGUGCCCAAGGAAGUGGUCCAGCUGGGGGGAUCCUGGACCCCUGGCACCCAAAGGGGGCAAGUCCCGCAAGAAGAAGUCAUCCCAGGGAGCACAGCAGGGUCCUGAGGACGGAGCGGAGGUAUGGCUCCCUGCUCCUCCCUGUCCCUGCGCUCUCUCCUAGUCCAGCCACACCUCCCAGGCCAGGCUCUAAGGCAGCUCCUUUCCUUGACAAUGGAGGGCAAAGGUGGGUCCUCACCCACCUGACCUGCUGGGCUCCUCGGGGACCUUUGUCUUCUCCACCCAGGACCCUCCAUCUCCAAACAAGGCCCCUUCAAGGACACGAAGGGCACAGAGAGGCCUUCCUAAACAGACUACAGCCCAGCUGCCCGAGGGGACCAGCCUCCACCAGGACCCAGAAGCGCCCCCAGUCCCUGACACAGGGAAGAGGCGGCGGCGACCGGCACCCUCAGGCCGCCGCAGAACCCGAAAGACCAAGGCUGACACCCCAUCCCUGGAGCCUGAGGGGACCUCAGCCUCCUAGCAAGAGGCUCUUCUUGCUUGUGUCCACCCCUCCUCCUGGCACCCUUGGUCUGGGCCUGUGUGGCUUCCUAGAAGUUGCAGGGAACUGGAUGCUCCAACCCUAUGGCCAUUCCCUACACAAUUACGUUUUUAAUUGUACCCCACUAUCCUCAUUUUUUAAGCCCAUGUGAAAAAUGCUAAUUUUUAGUAAACGCAUAAACUUGAACUUCUUGGCA